UGGAGUUUCAUCAAUAAACUUAUUGUGUCCCUUUUCACAGCUCAAGCUAUCCCUGGUGGGAAAGUGGUGAUUGACGUUUCUUACUUUGGAGUGCAUGUCCAUCAAGAAACACAUGAUCUUUGCCAAGAAUUGUCCUGUCCUGUUGCUGAAGGAGACUUUGUGCUGUCUCACACCCAGACUUUGCCUGGUUUCACUCCUCCAGGCUCUUACAAACUUAAGAUGACAAUGGAGGACAAGAACAACCAAAAGUUGUCUUGCUUUAGCUUCAAUUUCAAAAUCGGUUUUGGAUCGUUGAUCUCCGAUAGCUGAGCCAAAAAGCGUGCGAUGUAAUUGCGUGGUUGAAUAUAAGUUUUAG